AGAAUAAGGCUGUAACGUAACAAAAAGUGAAGGGGUCUGAAUACUUUCUGAAUGCACUGUACAUAGCAAAUAUUUGGAAUGUAAAUUUUAACAAUGCGCGUGAAAUAGGAUCUAUGCACUGUACAUUUUUCAGUUCUGAGAAGCUCUGCAUACUGUCUAUAUUAUGUUAGUUCUGAGAAGCAUAACAAAACAUCACUUGACACCCACAUCUGUCUAAAAUAUGUACUGGCUAGAAUGGAAGUUGUGACUUUCUCAACUCACUCUGAAAUCCCUAUCGCCCCUUCUCUUUAUGUAGACAUCUACUCCAUGUACUUCACAGCCUGCAGUCAGUAUGUGGUAACAGCAGAUGACCUUAAGCAGAGGGAUCUGCGGUCUUAAAGAGGAUUGGUUAGUCAGAGGGCUGCUAUGCCCAACCCUCCGCUCAGACCAGCCAAUAGUAUACAGACCCUACAGGAAGGUAGGAUGAGAUUAAGUAUCAAAACAGAAACAGUGUCUGUUCCUUUGAAGGGUUGCCCUGCAGGACAUCUAAUAAGAAAGUGUUUCAGGAUAGAGAUCAAAACAUUAAAGGAAGAAAGCGGAGGAUAACAAGAGAAGAGUUGCCCCAGGGACCAAAUGAUUCUGAUAUCUAGGCCUAAGCCAAUACAGGCCCAGCUCCUAGCCCACUGUUGGUUGUCUUUGUCCCCAGCCAACUACAUCCAAGCUAAAGAUGGGUCGGUUCCUCAACAUAAACCUGUGUGUGAAUCACCUGGGAGGGAGGACAUUAAGACUGUUCUGCAAGCUCAGGUACCUCAUAACUAUCCUUAGAACCUUCCCUCACCUGGCCAAGACACCCCUAGCCUUGGACUUCCGUAGCUGCUCCUUGCCUUCCUCUCCCCUGCCUCCCAGCUUUGCCAGGAAAGGAGCCCCCAAGAGCUUGAGGUUGAAACACAUGAGCUUGACCGCUGAGUACCUCCUUGAGGGUGGUACCAGAGGGGUGAGAUACUCCCAGGUGGCCCGUGUCUACUCAACCUCUAGUAGGGAUGUGUUGAAGGCUGAGGCCCCCAUCGGAGUCCUUCAUGAGGACAGCCUUCAGGAGGACAGCCAGACAUCCUUUCAGUUGAGCAUGCUUUGUCUGGGUGAUUCUUUUAAUCGCCUCUCCAGACACAUCAAUAUUUACUUCAAGAGAAAGGAUGUGACCCAGCUGUCCUCUGUUGCUGGGAAUGUGGGGUUUGUUGUCACAACUCAGGAGAGUCUGGGAAGCAGGCCACAGAGGCGUAGUCAAAGUAACAGGGCAGCCAGGGAGGACAGUGAGACAACAACACAGCAGCCUUUUGAAAAUGAAAACGAUCUUGAGACGUCAGACAGCCAGACAGAGACAAGCUCCGCCCCCCAGCGAUAUGGUGGACUGCAGUUAUUUCACAUCAGUUCCAUUGCCUCCAGGUUUGGGGAAAGUUACAGUUAUGUUGCUCAUCACAUAAACUCAUCACAUGAACACCUAAAGUCAGUGUUCACCAAAAGUUCGGCACAGGACGUCCUAGGUUCGACUCUGGAGGAUCUGGCUUCAAGCAGAGUGUCGACCGGGAGGAUGAGGAGGAGGAAAACACAAAAAAUCAGUUACAUUGAAAGUGUAAAGGAAACUGAAACGGCUCAUUUAAAGACUAGUGCAGCUGUAGCUCAGACCACAGCCAUUCAGAAACCAGCCAUUGAACGUGCUGAUAUCUCCAACAACUGGGAGGGAGAGGCAGAGGGCUACCUUCACUUUGCCCAGCACGUCAACAGAUACUUUGGAGCCAAAACCGUUACAGACGAAACUGAACUACCACCACCUCAAACAGAACAUCUGGUUGCGGACCACAUGCCAAACAGCAGGACGUAUCAACAGCAGUGUUCUAAAUCUUCUUCCUCCAGACAUGAACAAUCAGCCACAGAGCUAAAGCAGGAAGAUCCACCCAUCCGUCCCAAAUCUCUUUUCCACAUCAGUAACAUCACAACCAGUUUUGGUGAGAACUAUGCAUACAUGGCUAAUUACGUCAACAGCUAUUUCAAGGGCAGCUAUGAUGCCGUGGAGGAGGAGGAGUUAGAAAGAGGUCCCAUUGAGGAAUGCAGGGGAGAAUGGGAGAUGGAGUAUGGAUCCGUUAGGGUCCCGAAACCACAGCCUGCUGUAUCCUUCAUGGAGUGCCUUCUCAAUCCCAGUAGUGCCAUCCCCAGCCUCCUGGGGGGGUAUCUGGGGGGCUCCUGGGCUCAGAGCAACCAGGCCCAUCCUGCCUCUAUGCUCAGUGAGGCCACACUUAGAAGAUUGGUGAUGGGCAGGAGACAGGCAGAGGAGAUGACCCGUGCUUUGGUGUCCAGUCUACAACAGGCCUUCUCUCCUGAGGCCAUCACCGAAGUUGUCGAUGAGCUCAACACACACCUUAUCCGACACCCAGGAUGCAAAGCAGUGGUCUGGCAGGAGAAAGCUGCUGUUCAGCUCUUAAGACAGCGGCGUAGCCAUAGAGAAGACCAGGAACUUCAGUGUGUCAUUAGGGAAACCUUGGCUCUGAUUGGCUAUGUGGAUCCAGUCAAAGGUCGUGGAAUCCGAGUGCUCUCAAUCGAUGGUGGUGGCACAAGAGGGGUGGUGCCACUGCAGGUCCUCAAGCAGCUGGAAGCGGAAACAGGCAAGCAGGUUCACCAGCUGUUUGACUACAUCUGUGGAGUGAGCACAGGGGCAGUGUUGGCCUUCAUGCUUGGCCUGGCCCGUUUCUCUCUAGAGGAGUGUGCAGAUAUGUACCGUCGUUUUGGCUCGGAUGUGUUCCGUCAGAACCCCUUGGUGGGGACAGUGAAGAUGGGCUGGAGUCACUCUUACUACAGCACCGAGACCUGGGAGAUGAUACUGAGAGAGAAGAUGGGCGACCAAGUUCUGAUUAAAACAGCCAGGGAUGAGUUGAGCCCCAAGGUGUCAGCGGUGAGCGCCGUGGUGAACUGGGGGACGAGUCCCAAGGCCUUUAUCUUCAGGAACUACAACCACAGCCCAGGCCGUCUCAGCCGCUACGCAGGGGGGUCUGGGUACCAGAUGUGGCAGGCGGUGAGAGCGUCGUCCGCUGCCCCGGGAUACUUCCAGGAAUUCCCCUUACACAGUGACAUCCAUCAGGAUGGUGGCCUCAUUCUAAACAACCCUUGUGCCCUCGCCGUCCACGAGAGCCGUCUCCUGUGGCCCAACCAGCCUUACCAGUGUGUCCUGUCGCUCGGCACCGGUCGCUAUGACAAUGCUAAGCGGAGCCCGGGCACCUCCACCAGCCUGCGUGCCAAGAUCAACCACCUGAUCUGCAGUGCCACCGACACCGAGGGGGUCCACACCCUCCUGGACGACUUGUUGGCCCCAAACGUCUACUUCAGGUUCAACCCCAUGCUGAGUGCCGAGGUAUCCCUGGAUGAGAGCAGCGUCAGGGCCAUGGAGCAGCUGCAGGCUGACACCCAGGUCUACCUGGACAGGAACAAGCCCAAGAUGGCCAGGCUGUGUAAGGUGCUGGGGCAGGAGCGCACUGCGCUGAGCCACACCAAGGACUGGGUCAGUGAGAGAGCCUGGGAGAUGCAGCAGAGCUGGGUUUGAGGGUCCUAGGUCACAGGUCACAGGUCACAGGUCACAGGUUAGGUUUUAUUACUCAGUGCCUGUAGUUUUACCCUGUUUUUAUUUUUAAAACGUUUUAGCAAACUGAGGAUGCACUCCUUUAUGGAAUAUUGUUAAGUGUAUUUGCACUUCCAGACCUGGGUUCUAAUACUAUUUAGGGUAUUUCAAUUACUUUUAAAGACAUGUGGAAGUAAGUAUUUCAUUUUUUGUAAAAACAAAUUUAAGACAAGUAGUUGAAUAUUGGAAUUUAUUUGGAAAUACACUUGGAAAGUAUUUGAAAAUACUCAAAUACACUCCCAUUCAUUUAACUGAGGUAUUUGAAAAUACUUUCAAGCAGAAGGCUAUUUAUAUGGAAUAAUUUGAAAAAUAAUUCCAAUAGAAGUAGUUGAUUCCGGCCACGUUAUUUGAAAAUACUCAAAUACACAGAAAAUAAGUAUUUAAAUCACAUGUAUUUGAACCCAGGUCUAGCACUGACCGUAUAUUGAAGAUGUUUGCACUGAGGGAAUUCGUGUAGCUGCUAGUGAUAUGUGUUAUCUCAUAUUAUUACAACAUUUUUGUUCAUGUUAAACCUAUUUAUAUAUUUUUAAAAACACAUUAUUAUUGUAAAAUGUUAUGCUGUGUUUUGUAAGAUGCUUCAGCCUCUUAAAAGCUCUGAAGUGUACAGCAAACUUGUCCCUCACAUAAUUGUGAAAUAUCUCAUGAUGUGCUCAGCUGAGGCCUUUACAUUCAAGUAGUAACAUAUCUAUCUUCUCAGACCCAGUAAUUCCCCACCCAGAUUUGGAUUGGUGAUGUAACAAUUGAGCAAUUAAAAAGCAGCUUGUGGUAUUGACUUUGUACUGCUGGAGUUUGAGGGGUUAAUGGCAGCCUGCCUGCGUCUAGAGGCUGUACCCACCCUGGUCAGUCACUAUAAAUGACACACUUUGUUUGGGACAGAAAUGCUUUGUUAAGAGAGAGAAUGAGUGUGCAUGUGCCAGCCAGAGAGAAGACACAAGUUCAGUAACCCCCAGCCUUUCACUCAACAAAAGCACAGAUAACAAAAUAAAUUAAAUUACUUUAGACAUCAAA